AUGUCCGACACCGAGUCUAACACCAUCCCCCACCACGGCGAUCCUACUCAUUCGCAGGAUGCCCCCACUUUCAGCAGAGGGCUCCAGCGCAUAUUGCCUUCAUUCUUGGUCUCCACAGUUAAUUUACCGAGGCCUAUACCUCAGCUCCCUUCUCUGGAGCGCCAUCGCGAAGCACUGAGACCCAACGACGCUUCCCAUCCCAUCAACUACAGACGCCCUUCAGCCGUGGCCGUCCGAGCGGAUCGUCUCUAUGAACCCGUCAUAAGUCAUACCCAAUCCACCGUUCGUGAUCCUCCAGGGCUGGACCCUGUGGACGAUCCUUCUGUGCCGCAGCAUCGACAAUAUUCUCUUCCCGCUGUCUCGCUGGAUGCGCAUACACCCCCUCCUCGCCAAAAUACUAGCUCUUGUCCCGAUCCAUCGCGCCAGCAGUUCGCAGAUCCUGGGCCUGAUCUUUCACUCCAGCAGGCCGAAGCGUCCAAUCCGGUCCUCCAACAACAUGCUGGAUGGCCUGAUCCUCCGUCUCCAGGUGCUCUGCGGCCUCCUCUCCCCGUUCAUGCUCGCAGCAAAGGCAAGACGAGUAUUGGACCUCAGAGGUCCAGCCCCACUGUUGACCACCACGAACCAUAUCCUAGUGUCGGUUCGCGAAACACGUACCGUGAGCCAGUCCAGAAGCGGCUCUUGGGUACUUUGAGGGAUGCAGACCCCCAUGUUUCUAUACAGGCACAUACCGCAGACGUCGACGUAGCAUCCAUCUUUCCACUGUCUUCCAGAGCCGUGACAGACGCGAUGCGCCAACCAUCGGUUCCCGAUAACUAUAAUGACCAUGUCAUGGCGCCUCCACCUGAGCUGAACGAACCACCAGCUACCACACAGGGAAAACCAGCGAGCCCUAACGAGAAGCACACAUUGCCCACCUCACCUACGCAGCAAGACUUGACGUCCAUCUCGAGGGAUACUAUCGCGCCCUCCUCCGUGCCGGUUAUCGCGGACGAGGAUAUCUCCAUGCUGAACAUAGGGAACGCGUAUGGAACAGUAAAUACGAGUGGGUCUUCCCGUCCAGCACCUGAACCACUGCUAGGAUCAGUACAUGCCGUAUUACGUUCUGAGUUACAGCAACCUGGAACAGGGCCCAUGCCGAAUACUCCAAGCCGACCAUUACCCCUACCUCAUCGCGCUGGCGUCUAUCUAACAGACGAGCAGGUGGGGCACCUAGCAGGCAGGCUAGCGCCCAUGCUAACGCAAGCCCUUCUGGACUUUUCACGAUCCAACACAUGGCAUGCUGGCCCCCAGGGCGGAGGUUUCGUUCAACCUUCUGCUGAUGACGGCGACGACACUGAGCUCGAGGACACCACUGGUGUCCGAAAGGCACAGGCUUAUGGUCAGGAUUUCGCUACCAGACGGGCGAAAGCCGAAGCCAGUUAUCCGAAAGGGCUACAUAAUGCAAUCCGCAAAUAUCUAGUAGAGAAACAGCUGUAUCUCUCCUCCUCAGCACGAGACCGCGCCUUGCCAGUAGCAAACCCGAUGGAUGUAUCCCGGUACGAAGCCGACGCAGCAAGCCCCCCCACCCUUUCGAACAUCGCAUUCGAUUGGCCCGCCGCUCUGGAGUCUCGCUGGAACAAAUACGUUCUCGAUAUUCUAUCGGUCAAUUUCUAUCAGAAGGUAGAAGAAGGGAUGGCAAUCGAAGGCGUUGACCGCCAUACCGUUGAUCUUAGCACCAUUCGGACGCUCAUCAAAACCAAAAUCACGACCACGCGGAACAAAGUCAACGAGACUCGAGCGGCAACGACAGCAGAAGAACAGGAAAGAUUGAGAACGAAAGCCGAACACCGUUAUCAACUUGACAGGAUGAAUACUCGUCGCCAUGGGACAUAUCAACGUCGGAAGCGGAUUGUCACAUUUGUGCACGCCGGCAUUGCGGAUGAUACUUGGAGGGACAUAGACAAUGUUCUAACUAGGCUGGACUCAGCAGGGAUGAGUGACGAUGAAACCGACGACGAAGGACCCCCCAAGGUGCUGCGCCGCGUUCGAAUCCCAUGGCUUCAUCCGGAUAUAUCAGAGUUGUUCCGUCGUGUUGAGAGUUACCAUCAAGCUGUGCGCGCAGAGACACUGACACACCUGCAUCGGGGGAACCGGUCGUACCCGAGGGAUUACGAAGCCAUCCAUGUCGACAGCGCGCGGCCUGUUAUACAGGGUCUUCCCGCUAACUACUACCAUCCCGAGUGGUUGCGUACACUGAACGACGCUGCGCGCCAGAUGUUACAGAUGCAAGCCAAUUCUCCGUUACCAGACCUUAUGCCAAGCAAAACAUAUGCGCGGGGCUUCGUCGUCGACAUGGACGCCCUUAGAAGGUAUCUCAACGCUUUCAACUUCAGUAAACAUGAACUCCCCCCGCUUCAGCCCACGGACCCCAAUCCAGAGGGGCGUGUGGGUGCCUACCACGCAAGGAUGGAGCGCGUUCAGAGCGAGGUACUGCCUAAGGGAAAGCAGCUCGAGUUCUUGUAUUGGUUUGUCACCCAGCAUAGAGAAACGGGUGACUUCAGGACCUACUUCUUCAUACCAACAAGUCGGGCCUCCGAGAAGGCCGCGCUAGAAUCUUUCCCAAUGGUCGAGAGGGACAGGAAACGCCUUCAACACUUCAUGGCGACUACCAAUGGCCUUCUCCCCGAGGGCAAGCAGGAGACAUGCGCAUUCAAGAGAGAAAACUUCCGAUGGAGAGCCAUUCCCGAGAUGGCUCUAUUUCCGAAUCUGCACCCCAUGGUGAAUGUUGACUAG